ACCAAGCCACAAUGAGUGCUACCAGGAAGCCCACGGUCGCCGUUAUCUUCUUUGCCCUACUGGCCACAGCUACGGCCGGCUACCUCGGAGGUUACGGUGGCUACGGCGGAUAUGGCGGCUAUGGAGGCUACGGUGGCUACGGCGGAUACGGCGGCUACGGAGGCUACGGUGGUUAUGGAGGCUAUGGUGGCUAUGGCGGCCACGGUGGCUACGGAGGCUAUGGCGGCUACGGCGGCUACGGCUACCCGGUCGGGCGGGCCUUCGCCUACCACACGCACAUCAACCACGGUUACGGAGGAUACGGAGGAUACGGCCUGGGCGGCUACGGCUACGGAGGACACGGAUACUACGGUUGAGCCCAGGACUGGCCAUUAGGUUGAACGGGGAUCGGAUUGUCUCAGGCUUUCUCUUGGUUCUAAA